CCCGCCCGCGCGCACCCGCCAGUGGCCUCGCGUCCGCUGCUGCGCUCGGUAGCGCAGCUGGUCGGAGGGAAGAGCUAGCCGGGCGGCGGGGAAGGACGGGGCGGCGGGGCGCCUUCGUGGAGUGAGCCUGACGGAGCCGGAGGCUUGGAGCCGCGGCGGCCUCGGGGAAUAUUUGGAUUGUGAACUGUUUCAGAACUUUGUUCUCAGGACCUAUUAUUUUAACAUUUGGGAGAAACACAUCCAGAAGAACUUUCCAUGUAAUAUUUUUGGACUUCACUUGACCUCAGGAAACUGGAUCCAUGGAAACCAAAGCUUCAGAUGCACAGUUGACUGAAGGAGGACCUGAGAAGGCUUCAGAUGACAUCAGAGGUGCUUUUCAACAGCCUUCUUGAUUUCCUUUCUCAGAAAGCAGAGGCUCAAACCUUGGAGACAGACGUUCACUGGAGUCCUCCUCUUAAGCUCCCAACUACCUYGUCUGUAUCUCUGUGUUGUGGGUGCCAUGGCAAGACCUGUGGCAAGCCAUCACUGCUGUAGGGAGUGAACACGUCAGACCUGGACACAACAAAGCUGGAUCUCUGAUUAACAGUAACUUCUUCAGUUAAACUGAGUUUAUUACUUGAAACACUUGGUUAUAUACACAGACUACUGAUAUUUGCAUUUAAUGAAGAACAAAAGAUGAAGAUGGAAAAGCAAUAUAUUCACUAAGAAUUGUCUGCCUGCUUGCUACUACAGACCUGUGUAUUGAGGAAUUCUGCUUCUUAGAAGUUGAUCAACUCUGGAGAGACUGCAUUAGAAUUUACCUGCCUUUUAUCUUGUCAUUGCCAGAAGAAAUCUUGGUCAGAAUGUAACAGUACCUCUCUACCUGAUUGCUAUGGAAGGUGAUAAACUGAUACUCACUUAUUAAAGUUGAAUCUCACUCACCUACAGAAAAUCAUCCUUUAAAGUAAAUAGAAACCAAGCCCUUGUGAACACUUCUAUUGAACAUGACUCAUGGAGAAGAGCUUGGCUCUGAUGUGCAUCAGGAUUCUAUUGUUUUAACUUACCUAGAAGGAUUACUAAUGCAUCAGGCUGCAGGGGGAUCAGGUACUGCCGUUGACAAAAAGUCUGCUGGGCACAAUGAAGAAGAUCAGAACUUUAACAUUUCUGGCAGUGCAUUUCCCACCUGUCAAAGUAAUGGUCCAGUUGUCAAUACACACACAUACCAGGGAUCUGGCAUGCUGCAUCUCAAAAAAGCCAGACUGUUGCAGUCUUCUGAGGACUGGAAUGCAGCAAAGCGGAAGAGGCUGUCUGAUUCCAUCGUAAAUUUAAACGUAAAGAAGGAAGCUUUGCUAGCUGGCAUGGUUGACAAUGUGCCUAAAGGCAAACAGGACAGCACAUUACUGGCCUCUUUGCUUCAGUCAUUCAGCUCGAGGCUGCAGACUGUUGCCCUGUCACAACAAAUUAGGCAGAGCCUCAAGGAGCAAGGAUAUGCCCUCAGUCAUGAUUCUUUAAAAGUAGAGAAGGAUUUAAGGUGCUAUGGUGUUGCAUCAAGUCACUUAAAAACUUUAUUGAAAAAAAGUAAAGCUAAAGAUCAAAAGCCAGAUACCAAUCUUCCUGAUGUAACUAAAAACCUCAUCAGAGACAGGUUUGUAGAGUCGCCUCAUCAUAUUGGACAGAGUGGAACAAAGGUCGUGGGUGAGCCCUUGUCAUGUGCUGCAAGAUUACAGGCUGUUGCAAGCAUGGUGGAAAAAAGAGCUAGUCCUGCCACCUCACCUAAACCUAGCGUUGCCUGCAGCCAAUUAGCAUUACUCCUCUCCAGUGAAGCCCACCUGCAGCAGUAUUCUCGGGAACAUGCUUUAAAAACACAAAAUGCAAAUCAAGCAGCAAGCGAAAGACUUGCUGCUAUGGCCAGAUUACAAGAGAAUGGCCAGAAGGAUGUAGGCAGUUUCCAGAUCUCAAAAGGAAUGUCAAGCCAUCUCAAUGGUCAGGCACGAACAUCAAGCAAAUUAGUGGCUAGCAAAAGUAACGCUACAACAUUUCAAAACCCAAUUGGUGUUGUUCCUUCUUCUCCCAAAACUYCAAGCUAUAAGAACUCACUGGAAAGAAACAACAUAAAACAAGCUGCUAAUAAUAGUUUGCUUUUACAUCUUCUUAAAAGCCAGACCAUACCUAAGCCAAUGAAUGGACAUAAUCAGAAUGAGAGGGGAAGCAUUUUUGAGGAUGGGAGUACUCCCACAACUAUUGAUGAGUAUUCAGACAACAAUCCUAGUUUUACAGAUGACAGCAGCGGUGAUGAAAGUUCUUAUUCCAACUGUGUUCCCAUAGACUUGUCUUGCAAACACCGCAUUGAAAAACCAGAAUCUGACCAGCCUGUUUCUCUUGAUAAUUUAACUCAGUCCUUGCUAAACACUUGGGAUCCGAAAGUCCCCGAUGUAGACGUCAAAGAGGAUCAUGAUACCUCAAAUAAUUCUAAGCUAAAUUCACACCAGAAAGUAACACUUCUUCAAUUGCUACUUGGCCAUAAAAAUGAAGAAAAUGUAGAAAAAAUCACCAGCCCUCAGGGAGUACACAGUGAUGUGACAAAGUUCAAUACUCAGAAUUAUACAAGGACUUCUGUAAUAGAAAGCCCCAGUACAAACAGGACUACUCCAGUGAGUACUCCACCGUUACUUACAUCGGCCAAAGCAGAGUCUCCCAUCAAUCUUUCUCAACACUCUCUGGUCAUCAAAUGGAAUUCUCCACCAUAUGCCUGCAGUACUCAGUCUGAAAAGAUGGCAAAUACUACAUCUAACCACUUGAUGGACCUUACAAAAAGCAAAGAAUCACAAGGAGAGAAACCAGCUCAAAAUGAAGGUGCGCAAAAUUCUGCAGCUUUUAGUGCCAGUAAACUAUUACAGAAUUUGGCACAGUGUGGAAUGCAGUCUUCCAUGGCAGCCGAAGAKCAGAGACCCAGCAAACAGUUGUUAAGUGUAAACACAGAUAAACCUGUGGGUAUAAUUGAUAGAUUAAAUAGCCCUUUGCUGUCAAAUAAAACAAAUACAAUUGAGGAAAAUAUAGCAUUCAGUAAUCAACCAGCAGUUUCGGAACCAGGACUUUCUGGUUCUGAAAUAGAAAAUCUGCUAGAAAGACGUACUGUUCUCCAGUUGCUUCUGGGAAAUCCCAACAAAGGUAAGAGUGAAAAGAAAGAAAAAAUUCCUGUAAGAGAUGAAAGUACUCAGGAACAUACAGAGAGAGCUUUAAGUGAACAGAUAUUGAUGGUGAAAAUAAAAUCUGAGCCUUGUGAUGACUUACAUAUUCAUAAUACAAAUGUGCACUUGAGCCAUGAUGCGAAGAGCAGCCCAUUCUUAGGUAUGAAUCCCACCACGCAGAGAAGCGCAGCUGCCUUACCAGUGUCUGAGGACCUUAAAUCAGAGCCUGUUUCACCUCAGGAUUUUUCUUUCUCAAAGAAUGGUCUGUUAAGCCGAUUGCUGAGACAGAAUCAAGAGAGUUAUCUGGCAGAUGAUCUAGACAAGAGUCACAGAAAUAGUGAACUGACACCACUAGAAUCAAAGAAUCUUUGCAUGGUCCCUAAGAAAAGGAAGCUUUAUACUGAGCCAUUAGAAAGUCCAUUUAAAAAGAUGAAAAAUAACAUUGUUGAUGCUGCAAAUAAUCACAGUGCUCCAGAAGUACUUUAUGGAUCCUUGCUUAACCAGGAGGAGCUGAAAUUUAGCAGAAAUGAUCUUGAAUUUAAAUAUCCUGCUGGUCAUGGUUCAGCCAACGAAAGUGAACAUAGGAGUUGGGCCAGAGAGAGUAAAAGCUUCAAUGUUCUGAAACAGCUGCUUCUCUCAGAAAACUGUGUUCGAGACUUGUCCCCACACAGGAGUAACUCUGUUGUUGACAGUAAAAAGAAAGGACACAAAAACAAUGUGACCAAUAGCAAACCUGAAUUUAGCCUUUCUUCUUUAAAUGGACUGAUGUACAGUUCCUCUCAGCCCAACAGUUGCAUGGACAACAGGACAUUUUCAUAUCCAGGAAUGGUAAAAUCUCCUGUGAGCCCUCCUUUCCCUGAGCACUUGGGCUGUGUGGGGUCUAGACYAGAAUCUGGACUUUUGAAUGGGUGUUCCAUGCCCAGUGAGAAGGGACCCAUUAAGUGGGUUAUCACAGAUGCGGAUAAGAAUGAGUAUGAAAAAGACUCUCCAAGACUGACCAAAACUAACCCAAUACUGUAUUACAUGCUCCAGAAAGGAGGCAAUUCUGUUACCAGCCGAGAAACACAGGACAAGGACAUUUGGAGGGAACCUUCGUCUGCCGAAAGUGUCUCACAGGUUACAGUCAAAGAAGAGUUACUUCCUGCUGCAGAAACUAAAGCUUCUUUCUUUAAUUUAAGAAGCCCUUACAAUAGCCAUAUGGGAAAUAAUACUUCUCACCCACACAGUGCAAAUGGAGAGGUGUAUGGACUUCUGGGAAAUGUGGUAACAAUAAAAAAGGAAUCAGAAUAAAAUGAAUCUGCCAUCAAGCUUUGGAUCUUUUUAAAACUACUUAGUAUGAACUUGAGAUCUGUAUAAAUAAGAGCAUGAUUUGAGAAAAGCAUGGUAUAAUUGAAACUUUUUUCAUUUUGAAAAGUAUUGGUUACUGGUGAUGUUUAAAUAUGCAUACUAAUUUUUGCUUAACAUUAGAUGUCAUGAGGAAGCUAUUGAACUAGCAAACUGGUUGUUUAACACUUCUGUAUGCACCAGAUAACAACUGUGAGUAGCCUAUGAAUGAAAUUCUUUUAUAAUCAUAAAUAAGAGGCAUACAUUAAAAUGUAAAAUUCCAUCCAUAGUGGAUUAAUGCAUUUUGCUGCCUUUUGCCUUCAUUAGGGUACUUUAUUUUGCAUUUCAGAAGUCAGCUUGCAUAACACAUGUUUUUAAAGUUCAAACUCUUUAAAGGGUAAUUAUUAAAUAAAAAAAUAGUGAUGAUUCACAUCUCAUAUCCAAUUCAAAAGUAAGUCAGAAAAAAUAUGCUUACAUUUUUCACUUUUUGCUAAAAAAAAACAUAUUUAUUUUUAAACACUUAGAAAGGGUUUUGUGUCUGCCCCCACCCAGACCUUUUCAAUAUACAUUUCUUUAAACCUUGUACUAUUUAGUAAAAAUUGAUUAAAAUUGAGGGAAGUUUGAUAGAUCCUUUAAAAAAAAAAAGGCAGAUUUCCAUUUUUUGUAUUUUAACUACUUUACUAAAUAAAUACUCCUUUUACAGAAUUAGKAAAGUUAACAUUUAUCUUCAGGUGGUUUCCUGAAUAGUUGACUAUUUAAAAAUUUUUUUUAACAGAAGCAAAAAAUGGCUUUUCUUUGGACAAUUUUCGCCAUCUCUUGUAAAAGUUGAUUCUCACCAUUUCUGUGGUACCUAUGAGUCUUAUGACCAGGAUUUCUUAAAGCUGGACUCAGACCACCUGCAUUAGAAUCAUCUAGAGCACUUGUUUUAAAAUGCAGAUCCAUAGGCAGCAUCUUGGACCUACAAAACAAGGAUCUCUGCUGAGUGGACUUGGGAUCUUCCAUCUGCAUCUUAACAUGCUCCCUAGAUGUUUGAGAACCAUUGCUGAUGACUUUUCUCAGAACAUGAGUCUGUAAAGAAACUAUCUGAUGCCUAUAUUUUCCCCAGUAGUCAUACGUCAACUCAAAAUUUGCAAUAUUGUAGUUCCUAUAUUGCCGUUAUGUCUUUGGAAAUCGGGUUCAGAAUACUUUUUAUGACACAAAAAUUGGGUGGAGGGGACAACUUUCAUAUCUGGCUCAACAUCUCAGGAAAAUCUAUUAUUUAUGUGUUCUAAUGAGUAACAUCUACUUAAUUAGCCUUAGGGAUGGAAUAACAGGGCCACUUACCAAACUCAGGUGAUUCCAGGAUGAUUUGAAAACUUCUCCUGAAUACAUCCUUAUCUUCUAUUAAAACCAUUGUCCUAAGAACAGUGCUGACAAAGAUUAAAACAUUUAGUUCAAACCCAAGAAAGGAACUAAACUCAGAUUGACUUAUUAGCAAAAAAGUACAAAAGGCACAUAUCCAUGAAAAUGUACACAAUAACUCCAUUGGAUUUAUUUGUUAUAAAUAGUAAUUAAAAGCAGAUAUCCAAAGGGUUUUGGAAGGACUUAAUAUGUAAUUGAGCCAAUGGGAUGUUAGUCUUAAAACAAGUCUUAUUUUUUUUUUAAGUUCAGUUUUCAUAAUCCACAGUUCAUUCACCAGGUAAUAUUUUUUUGUUUUCAGUUGUGAGCCAGGUUAGCAACUAACCCAUCAAAAAUUACUGUAUAAAAACUAUUAAUUAGAAGGAAAUAUAUUUGAACUUGUUCUACUUGAAAUUGUUUCUAAAAUUUUUGUAUUAAAAAGGUUGUUAUUUCCUAAUAUGUUCUAAAAUGCUAAAAUGAUUAUUUUUUUCUCAAAAUGAUUUGUAAAUAGUUACUGGAUAUAUUAUGCAGUAGUAGGAGCAAAUAUACUGCAUCACAAGGAGAUGAAGGCAUCUGCUUAUUCUGACAUGAAGAUUCCACUGGCCAGUGAAUAUAGUUAGUCUAUUCUGUAUCCGUUCUGUGACAAUCUCAUUGUCUACACUUAGAAACAAGCUUUUCAGCAAGUCAUUUUUCUCAGGCAUUGUGAAAGGUCUGGAACAUUAGGUGUAUGUCAGAAAAAAAURUUAGUAUUCUCUCUUAGUUAGGGAGAAUGGACUUUUUUACAAGGGAGUGACGUUUAGGUCAGGGACAAGAGCAUCCAGAGCCAGCAUUGCUGUUUUUUUUGUUGUUGUUGUUGUUGUUUGUUUGUUUGUUUGGUUGGUUGGUUGGUUGAUGGGUUGGUUGUUUCUAUUGUUGUUAACAAAGGAAUGAGAAUAUGUAAUACAGAAAUAAAUAUGACCACAAAGAACACUGUUCUGAUUUACUAGAGAAUGUCCCCCAAUUUGAGUUUAGAAUGAUUUUAAAGAAGAGCAGUAAGAAAGGGCAUACAUCCAUAAAUUCAAUUUAUUUAUGCAUAUAUAGAUACAAGGAUGCACAUAUACACAUUUUCAAGGACUAUUUUAGAUAUCGAGGCAGUUUCUUCCUAAUAAAGUCAUUUGUGAAAGGGUACUACAGCUCCCGUUGACAUCAGUAAGGUAGCAUUACCUGUUUAUUCUCUACUGCAUCUUACAGAAGAGUAAACUGGUGAGAGUAUAUAUUUUAUAUAUAUAUAUAUAUGUAAUAUGUAUAUAUAUAUAUUGACUUGUUACAUGAAGAUGUUAAAAUUGGUUUUUAAAGGUGAUGUAAAUAAUGAUUUCCUUAAUGAAAAAUACAUAUUUUGUAUUGUUCUAAUGCAACAGAAAAGCCUUUUAAUCUCUUUGGUUCCUGUAUAUUCCAUGUAUAAGUGUAAAUAUAAUCAGACAGGUUUAAAAAUUGUGCAUGUAUGUAUACAGUUGCAAGUCUGGACAAAUGUAUAGAAUAAACCUUUUAUUUAAGUUGUGAUUACCUGCUGCAUGAAAAGUGCAUGGGGGACCCUGUGCAUCUGUGCAUUUGGCAAAAUGUCUUAACAAGUCAGAUCAGAUGUUCAUCCUAACAUGACAGUAUUCCAUUUCUGGACAUGACUUCUGUGGCUUAAGCUUUGUGAAAGAAUGUGCUUUGAAUCCAAGGGUCUUAAAUUUUUUUUUUUAAUCGAGUCAACCACUUUUCAACAUAAAGAAUUCACGCAACUACUUUCAUGAAUUUUUAAAUCCCAUUGGAAACAUAAUAUUAUACCAGGUGUCUGCCAGUGUUUGUUAAUACUGGAAUACAGGCACAUUACCGUUUAUGGUAAGAAUCUGGGGUUUACACAGCCAGCUUUGAUGCAACCUGCUCAGUAAUAUAAUUUGUCAUUUUUAUUAGAAAUUUAAUUUCUUCAUAUGAUGUCAUGAAACUGUACAUACUGCAGUGUGAAUUUUUUGUUUUGUUUUUUAAUCUUUUAGUGUUUACUCCUGCAGUGAAUUUGAAUAAAUGAGAAAAAAAUG